AUGGAAGUAAACACCAGUACACCAUUAGCAAGUAGCUUGCAUAAAAAUUUUCUCUCUUGUGCUCGGAACUUUCUUUUCUCCUUUGAAACAACUUACAAAAUGGGAAAAUCUUCGAAAGGAAAGGGAGGUAAAAACAGAAGAAAGGGAAAGAACUUUAACGGUGGUCAGAAAAGAGAAUUGAUUCACAAAGAAGAAGGCCAAGAAUAUGCCCAAAUUACCAAGAUGUUAGGUAACGGUAGACUUGAAGUCAGUUGCUUUGACGGUAUCAAAAGAAUGGGUCACAUCAGAGGUAAAAUGAGAAAGAAGGUCUGGAUGGGUCAAGGUGACAUCAUCUUGGUUUCCUUGAGAGACUUCCAAGACGAUCUCUGUGAUGUUGUUCACAAGUACAACUCGGAUGAGGCUAGAACUUUAAAGAACAUUGGUGAAUUACCAGAAAGUGCCAAGAUUAACGAAACUGACACCUUUGGUGCAGAUGAUGAAGAAGAAGUCAACUUCGAGUUUGGUGACGAUGAUGACGACGACGAAGAUGACGAUGAGUUGGAUAUCGACGACAUUUAA